AAUGGCAGUUUUCUUUAUAACAUCGGGGAUGCAGAGCACAUUAGUAAGGCCACUGUAUGUAGAAUAGUUCGGAAAGUGUGCCUCACCCUCAAGCGCUUUCUGUUAUUUUUUGUUGUGUUUCCUGGGCACAAACCCCUCAGAGCCAUUAAAGAGGAGUUUCACAGGAUUGCCGGAUUUCCAAAUGUGGUUGGAUGCAUUGAUGGAACACAUAUUCCCAUCAAUGCACCUUCUGAAAAUGAAGGGGACUAUGUCAACAGGAGGUCCAUCCACAGUAUUAAUGUGCAGGUACACUGUACAUAUGCAUAUAUGCAUACGAACGUGGAGGCCAAGUGGCCCGGCUCUGUUCAUGACUCACGAAUAUAUCGUGAGUCAACCCUAAGUAACAGGCUGCAAUGUGGAGAGAUUGAUGGCUUUCUGCUGGGAGAUAGGGGUUACCCAUGCCAGCCCACACUGAUGACCCCUUACCCAGAACCUGCAGCAGGCCCCCAGCAGCGCUUUAAUGUGGCACACUGCAGAACAAGAGCCCGGGUGGAAAUGACCAUAGGCCUGUUGAAAGCACGUUUUCAUUGCCUACGUCACCUCAGGGUAACACCUGAGAGGGCCUGUGACAUUAUUGUGGCAUGUGUUGUUCGCCACAAUAUUGCAAUUAUUAGAGGGGAGCAACACCCUGCCCUACAAAUACAAGACCCUGAGGACGACCCCAUCCACCCUGCAGAUAACCAGGAUGGAAGGGCAGUCAGAGAUUGGAUAUGCCGUAAUGUCUUCUGGGAUUAAUCUACAACCACCACCAUCACCACCGAUGAAAGACAGAAACGGAAUAAAUGCAAAUCAUACUUUA